AUGCCGUCAAAAAAGUUCUUGAUCAAUCGAAAUCAAAAUCAAAAGUUUCGUAUUAAUGGUCUGCGACCAUCGAGACGUCUACCACAUAAAGCACACUUACGUCAAUCGUUUAGUGAUCAUGUGUCUUAUAGCCCUGAUCAAUUACCACCUAAAGCAGAUCUACGAAAUAAUAUGGCACCCAUCGAAAAUCAAUCUCAAAUUGGUAGUUGUUCAGCAAAUUGUUUAGCUGGUGCUUAUGAGUAUUUAUCAAAAAAAGAAAAGAAUCAUGAUAAUAUCGUAAGUCGUUUGUUUAUCUAUUAUAAUGGUCGUGUUAAAGAAGACAGUAAGUCUGCUGUUACUGAUUCGGGAUGCACAAUGACAAGUGCUAUUGAAGCAUUGGAAGAAUCUGGUGUUUGUCUUGAAUCAAUUUGGCCAUAUGAUAUAUCACAAGUGAAUACACGUCCAUCGGAUGAAGCUUAUCAAGCAGCAACAGGUCAUAAAAUUACUCAAGCAAUGCAAGUUAAUAUUGAUUUAAAUGAAAUGAAAUCAUGUUUAGCACAAGGUUUUCCAUUUGCAUUCGGAUUAAAACUUUUUACAUCAUUUGAUCAGGCAGCUAAAACGGGUAUUGUACCAAUGCCAAAUGAUUCUGAUCAAAAUCGAAAAUCAGAUGGAAGUCAUGCUCUAUUAGCAGUCGGUUAUAGUGAUCAAUCACAAUCAUUUAUUGUUCGAAAUUCAUGGGGAGAAGAUUGGGGAGAUAAAGGUUAUUGUUAUAUUCCUUAUGAUUAUCUAGCAAAUUCAGAUUUUUGUUUUGACGUUUGGACCAUUCGAAAAGUUGAAACUGAGAAUUUAGGUCAAGAUCAUUGGGAUCAAGAUGAUUCAACUGAUUAUCGACAGAUGGAUGAUGGAAGUAAUAAUGAUGAUGAUCGUACAAUUGAAGACGGUGACGAUGAUGAUAAUCAAGGUAAUAAUGAGAAUUUUAAUUUUAAACAUAGUUUUUUUCUUGCGAAAGUUAAUUAUACCAGAGACACAUCUUUAUGA